AUGUCUUUCCUCGGACGCGGACCCUCAGCUGGCAGUCCCUCUGGUGUCAACCAGGACCGUGUAGAGCAGGCCACGCAGGAACUCGAGCUCAUCACCGACAUCUUCAACCGUCUCGUCACGUCAUGUCACACCAAGUGCGUCAGCACACGAUACACGGAGGGUGAUCUCAACAAGGGCGAGAGCGUCUGCAUCGACCGCUGUGUCGCCAAGUUCUUCGCCGUCAACAAGAAGGUCGGAGAGAAGAUGCAGACAUUGGGUGCAGCGGCAGGCGGAGGCGCCCCCGGGGCGUUCAGCAUGUAG